AUGAAUCGUCUUGUGGUUAUCAUUGCGACUAUCCUUGUCCCCACUGGAUACAGUGCUGCAGAAGUUUUGUGGUGUUACCAUGAUCCUAGUUGUAAUGACACUACUUGGCCCACCAUUGCCACUGAACAUUGCAACGGUUCCCAUCAGUCUCCCAUCAACAUCAUCUCCGCAUCGGCAGUGGGCGACGCAAACCUGACUGAAUUCAACUUCACCAAAUACGGAGACAACUCUACAAUGAAGAAUAUCAAGAACACUGGCGAAACUGUCAAAGUGAUGCUCAAUAGUGGCGUCCAGAUUACAGGUGGGGCACUGUCUGAGGCCUAUGACAGCCUGCAGUUUCACCUCCACUGGGGGAACGGUACCUCAGUACCUGGGUCGGAGCACACAGUGGAUGGAACACGCUACCCCAUGGAGUUACACAUAGUACAUUCCAAGUCUUCGCUCAAUGGUAACACGACUGCGGCCGUUGCAGACGACACAGGACUCGCUGCUCUUGGAUUCUUCAUAGAGUCAAUGCCAGGUAAUGCGACAUGGAAUGCAGCAUGGAAUACUCUGACAUCAUACUUGGCCAACAUCACACUAAAAGAUGAUAUUGUAAACAUUACUCAUGCUAUUUCAUUGGAUGAGCUCCUGGAAGGGGUGGACCGUACCAAAUACUACCGUUACCUUGGCUCCCUGACCACUCCAAAUUGCAAUGAGGCUGUGGUUUGGACCGUGUUUAAGGACCCUAUCAAAGUCAGCCAGGACUUGAUUGAUCUCUUCAGCACUACAUUGCACAUUGGCCACAACUCCACCUCUGCCUUGAUGACCAACGUCUUCAGGAACAUCCAGCCUGUCAACGGCCGGAUGGUGACGACCCAGAGCAGCCCGACCACAGCCCCGCCAGUGUCAGGAGCCUCCACAAUGUGCUCCUCUCUGGCCCUCAUGGCGCUGGCCUGGAUGCUGCUGAGGGUUUAGUGACGGCUAUUAAUGCCUUACCUGAAGUGCACUUCCAUGUCUCCAUUAACCCCAAAGCUAAAUACUGUACAUUGAUUACCACAUGGGUCAUUUUGACCCCAUGGAGAAACUAUUGGAAAAAACAACAAUCAUAGCAAAAUAGAAACUUAUUUUGUAUCAAAACAUCAUUAUUUAGACAUGUAAUU